AGGAGAGGGUGGGUGUGAAGGAGACAGAGACAGACACAGCGAGAGAGUGAGAGAGAGAGACGGAGGCGAGCUGCUGUUGGUGGCGUGCCUCAGGAGGAGAGUACUGAUGAGCGCGUUUUGUGCGCGAGCUUUAUCUGCUGUGACGGCGAGCAGGCUGUCUUACAGAUGCUGGACUGGCGGCUUCUCCGCGCCAACUUUAGUCACUGAUAAGUUCUGAAGUACGAAUAACUACACAGGAAGGAGUUACAGGAAUAACGAGUGGUUUAACGAAUGCGUCCUGCUCUGAUCUGUUUUCCAAGUGGGUAACACUGAGUAGUGUAGCAGUCAUCGGAAUUCUCUGCAGUCGGGGAAAAAAAUGAUAUCUGCCAAAGUUGUACACAGUCGAUGGUUAAAUGCCGUGACCGCACACUGCAGGAAAGUGUUGCUGGAGCCCCACGAUCAAAACGCUACACUUGAGUCACUUCUGUAGAAGCAACAGUCCUCCCAGGGCUUAUCCAAAAAAAAAAAAAGCUUAACGCAAAAGGGAGGUCGACAUGGGAGGAGAUUUCUUAGGCUCUAAUAUCAGCAUAGAGCCAGGUGCACCAAGAAGCACGGCAAAGGUGAGCGAAGAAGCCGCAUCCUUCUCGGGCGUUAUGAUGGUCGUCUUGUCAGUUCUCAUGGCCACGCUGGUUUUUGUUACCGUGUUGGGAAAUGCGUUGGUUAUACUGGCCUUCGUGGUGGAUAAAAGCCUUAGAAAUCAAAGCAAUUACUUUUUCCUGAAUCUCGCCAUUUCGGAUUUCUUAGUAGGUGCCUUCUGUAUUCCUGUGUACAUCCCCUAUAUUUUAACAGGCAGAUGGAUGUUUGGAAGGGGUCUGUGCAAACUGUGGCUGGUUGUGGAUUACCUCCUGUGUACUGCAUCAGUCUUCAACAUUGUUCUUAUUAGCUAUGAUCGUUUCCUCUCUGUAACUAGAGCUGUUACAUACAGGGCACAGCAAGGAAUGAGCAAGCAUGCAAUAUCCAAGAUGGUUGCUGUGUGGGUGCUAGCUUUCCUUUUGUACGGCCCUGCUAUAAUUUUUUGGGAAUUUAUUAUUGGAAAAAGCAAUGUUCCAGGGGAAGAGUGCUAUGCUGAAUUCUAUUACACCUGGUACUUCCUGCUGUGUGCAUCCACUUUUGAGUUUUUUGCACCUUUCAUCAGUGUGGCCUAUUUCAAUCUGAGCAUCUAUCUAAACAUCCGAAAGAGAAACAAAAGUAGGCUGAACUCUAUGAGAGAUGGAAACAGCCAAUUGCCAAGCUGUCAGGCUGAAGAUCAGAUGGGCUCAGUAUUCUUUGUGAAAACAAGCAGGUCCUUUCAGAGCGAAGCACUGAGCGAUGUGGUAGCAGAGCAAGAAACAUCUCCAUCCUCCACCUGCCAAAGCAACACAUCUUUCAUAUUCAAGAAGAAGAAGAAAAAAAAGAAGAAAAAGAGGUCAGGCACAUUGCGUUGCAUAAAUGUCCACCCAUCAGCCACAGAUGGAAGACUUGACACUCUGUCUCAGAAGAUAGCCCAGCAUUCCAGAUUAUCUAGAGAUAAAAAGGUGGCAAAGUCUCUAGCUAUUAUAGUAUGCAUUUUUGGCAUUUGUUGGGCACCUUACACACUUCUGAUGAUUAUAAGGGCUGCUUGCAGUGGACGUUGUGUUCAGUACCACUGGUAUGAGAUAACUUUUUGGCUGCUUUGGUUGAAUUCUGCAAUCAACCCUUUUCUUUAUCCUCUUUGCCACAGCAGCUUCAGAAGAGCUUUUGCAAAGAUUUUGUGUCCAAAGCGGCAGACAAUACGGCCUCAGAUAGAGCCACAGUCUUGCCAAUAGAACUGGGAAAUGUGGAGACACCUUUGUAUUUGAAUCUAAUAACUAAACAGAAACUUUUUUGGUAUUCCAAUCUAGGAAGUAAUGCUGUUUUCAGACUUCAGCUAAACUUUUUAACAAAAAUGGCCCAUUAUAUAUAGGGAUGUGUACAAAAACAGAACUUAUCUCAGUGUAAAUAGUGCUUAUUUUAAUGUUACAAAAUGCUGGCUAUUAUAUUUAAAUGAUUGUACAUUAUUCUACUCAACAAUAAUGACGUGUGUGUAAAAUACUGUGUAUGGAAUGUACUUCUAUGUUUCUUGUGAAAAUUAAGCAGCUUUGCAUCUUCAUAAACAUUUUUAUUUUUCAGA